UGAGUCAGUCCCUUACAAAAAGCUAUUGUUUUCGGUCGUUUUUAUUAUAUAACUCUGUCUCCGCGCCAUCAGAAAAUUAAUAACUGAAUAAGAAUUAAAAUCACGCGAAACGAAUAAAAUAAAUAAACAAACUAAUUUCAGUGUGUGUGAUAGACAUCGAAAGUGAUAACACAAAACCAAAAAAAAAAACACAAAAAUCGUGAAUUUAUGUUUGCUUAAAACUGUUACCAAGUAAAUAGAAACACGGACGACGGCAGGAAAUGUCUUGGCACAAAAAAACCAAGAUUUUUUAAGUCAUCAGAUAAACACAAUUCUUUUUUCAGUAAAUUACAACCAAUCAACACUGUAAAAAAGUUUGAAUUGUUUUGUUUAAAUCGAUUGUUUAAUAAAAAAAAAUUAAUCGAAAAUCAAUUGCAAUUCACCGGAGAAAAAAUACACAUACACAUACAAACACACAACUAUACAAAAGUUAUCCAAAAAUCAUAAAACGAAUUUUUGUUACAUCUUACAUCAGUUUGUCUGCGAAAGACAAAGAAGAAAAUACACCAAAAUCACAACAAAUCGAUAAAAAACACACGAAAAACGGCGAACACAUUUUGGCAAAAACUGGGUAGGAGAAGAAAAAAUCCGAAAGACCGCCGACGACGACGAAAAUUCGGACCGCAAUUCAAUUCGUUUGAAAAGCGUCGAAAUUAUGACGGCCAAAUUGGAAUCGAUAAAUGGCCCAAGGAAUGGUCAUGAAAUGGCACCACUUAAUACACGUGCUCGCGGCGAUGGUACACAUGGCGUAACAAUCGUUUUAUCAGCAUCACAACGGAAUUCAAUUGCAUCAAAUAAUGGUUCGGUAUGCGGACGAAAUGGUGGCGGUGAUGAUGAUCGAGCCGCGUGGUCGGGAAAAAUGCAAUUUUUCCUCAGUAUUAUUGGUUAUUCAGUUGGUUUAGGAAACAUUUGGCGAUUUCCAUAUCUGUGCCAACAAAACGGUGGCGGUGCAUUUCUGAUACCAUUUUUUGUGAUGUUGAUAUUGGAGGGGAUUCCAUUGUUUUUGAUUGAAUUGGGUAUUGGUCAGCGAAUGCGAUUGGGUUCAUUAGGCGUUUGGAAUACAAUACAUCCGUGGCUGGGUGGCAUCGGGAUAUCAUCCUGUAUUGUCACAUUGUUUGUAACACUUUACUAUAAUGUUGUGAUUACCUGGUGCUUUUUCUACUUGCUCAAUAGUUUUCGGAUUGAAUUGCCGUGGGCCAAAUGCCCGUUAUUCAACGAAACAACCACUGAACCGGAAUGUAAAUCGUCCACAACAUACUUUUGGUAUCACACAACGCUUGACGCAUCACCGUCAAUGGAAGAUAGUGGCGGUUUAAAAUGGUGGAUUGUGCUUUGUUUGUUUGCCGCAUGGGCAAUUGUUUUUUUGAUUGUGAUGAAAGGCAUUCAAAGUUCGGGAAAUAUUGUGUGGUUCACAUCAUUGUUUCCGUAUAUUGUGUUGACAAUAUUCUUCAUUCGUGGAAUAACGUUAGAAGGAGCGAGUGAAGGUUUGGCCCACAUGUUAAAGCCAGAUGUGAAGAAAUUAUUAAAACCGAUGGUUUGGCUGGAUGCGGCGACACAAGUUUUUUAUUCAUUUGGUUUGGCAUUUGGUUCAUUGAUUGCAUUUGGAAGUUACAAUACACCGAAAAACCAUUGCGUUCGUGACGUUUUAUUGGUUUCCUUUUGUAAUGCAUUCACUGCCAUUUAUGCGAGCGUUGUCAUAUUUUCGAUAUUAGGAUUUAAGGCCACUACCGAUUUAGCACGGUGUGAAAAAACAAAUAUGCAAAUACUAUUCCAUAAUGGAGCGUUGGAAGCAUCAAAUGUAACACAUUCAAUUUACCUUGAUGCAAUGAGUAAAUUGAAUAAAUCGGACGAAAUGAAAUGGGGUGUAUCACCCAAUUGUACGAUCGAGUAUCAGUUGAGUGAGGCGGCCGAAGGUACCGGUUUGGCAUUCAUUGUAUUUACGCAGGCCAUUGUGAAUCUACCGGGUGCACCAUUUUGGGCGGUGCUGUUCUUCACAAUGUUACUAUCGUUGGGUCUUGGAUCACAAAUUGGUCUUCUGGAGGGAAUGUUGUGCACACUAUUCGACAUCGAUAUAUUCAAACGACUACGGAAACAAUAUGUAACUGCAACGGUAUGUCUGUUCUGUUUUAUCGUCGGUCUAAUUUUCUGUACGGGCGCUGGUGAAUAUUGGUUGAAAAUGUUUGAUUCAUUUGCUGGCACCAUCGGCUUGGUCGUGAUUGCUUUGAUGGAAAUGAUCUCUGUGAUUUACAUAUACGGACACGAAAAAUUUAGCGAAGAUAUUUACCAAAUGACCGGCUAUCGUCCGGGCUUGUAUUGGCAAUGGACAUGGCGAUAUAUUGGGCCAGCCAUCAUGUUUUGCAUUCUGAUAUCUUCAAUUGUGUGCUUAGCAAUUGACAAACCCACAUACAGUGCGUACAGUCCAGCAGAGUCGACUACUAUACCAACCGAAUAUCCCAGUUGGGUUAUGGGCAUUGGUGUGUCAAUGAUAAUAGCUGGAGUUCUGCCAAUACCACUUGUUUAUCUAUUGCGACGCUUCCAAAUACUUAAAGUUGACUUGGACAUACAUCAAGGUUCAAUUCGAAGGAAUGAAACAACCGCUUCAACAAAGCAAAUGAUGGACGACGAUGAUGUGAUUAGUCCUGAUUUACCGCCAACCGAUUCACUAGCAACACGGUUUACAAUCGGGGAUUUCGAUGAUGAAGAAUUCAAUGGAGAUUUCCAACGAGUAUCAGCUCGAAGCGACUCAGACGACGAUGAUGAUGACGAUUUGCCACCCAUGAUCGGCAAACUCAAUAUGAUACGCAAUCAUUCACCGUUGAAGGCAACCAAAAAUGUAUACUAAACACUCACACCAUUCCGAUUAACACUUUAGGCCGUAACGUGUGUGAAAUCAUCAGACGAACAAUCGAAAAUUAUGGAAAGUUUACAAAGCUGGAAAUAACAUCAGUGGUAGAAUUGAAAUACAUCUCUCCCGAUUUUCAGACGGGUUUUUUGCUCCAAACUGCUUAACAAUCGACCCCCAGUUCCUGCAGAUCAUACCCACAACAAAUAAUCUUACUUUGAAUAGAUAAUGUUACUGAAAAGUAUUGGAAAUAAACAAAAUUUACGUUGUGAAUGUAAAAUGUUCAUCCCAUUACAUAAUUUAGACUCACAAUUUAGUUAAAACGGAUUCAAAAAAUAAUUUUUUAAAAAGAUAUUAUAUUUUUAAAAAAAUCCACCCAUACACGCAAACAAACUCUCAUUGACAAGGAAUAACAGAAAAUAGUCCAAACAAAAAAAAAUACAUCAAAAAAAUUAUCAAUUAUGAUAAGACAGAUAAAUAAAAAAAAAUGUGAGAUAGAAAAUCUAGAAUUUAACUUUAAUUGAUAAGUUAGAUUAGUGAAUGUUAUUUGUGACAAAAAAACCCAACAAAACAUAAUGAGAGCAAAACUAGACGUUAUUUCCAUGUUUCCCAUGGAUGGUAUUCAUUCAGAUACGGCCAAGCGAAACAUUUAACCGUGGUUUUUUAUUGCCUUUUUUUGAUUUCCAAUCAAUUUUGAGAAUAUCCGAAAAAAAACAUUAACAUCAUUCACUGGCUGGAACAUUCAAAAAAUUGACAACACUUUUUUUUCGGUUUGGAAUUAUGUAAAAAGAAAUUAGUAAGCACAUACAUUUUGACAUCACCUUUUCGUUUUGCCAUUCAUAUUGAUCAGAUAGAUUAUAAGAAAUGGGGUACUUUUUUUUGUUCUAGCAUGGAAUAUUCAAAAUUGAAUUUAGACCAGUUUCAAUAU